AUGGACAUGGACCAGAAGCCGUUCGUCGAUUAUGGCAGCUAUUGCUAUCCGACCGCUCAGGAUUUCUCGGCUCGAUCCCAGGUUUCGCCGUAUUUCUACAAUUUUUCCACCAGCACCGCUUCAACUAUGUAUUCACAACAACCAGCUCAUUUUAUGUACCCACAAGCGGCCGCCAGCUCACCGGAAGAUCAAAUGACGACGAAAAUCAUCGAAGGCGGCGAGGUGAAGAUUAAUGGCAAAGGCAAGAAAGUCCGAAAACCGCGUACUAUCUACUCUAGUCAACAAUUACAAACGCUUCAGAAGCGAUUCACCAAGACGCAAUAUUUGGCGCUACCGGAUCGAGCUUCCCUGGCCGCUGAAUUGGGCCUCACACAAACCCAGGUCAGCUGCUUUCGCUUCCCACUAAUCUUGCUCUCGACUAUCAUUUCCUCUCUCAUAUCGAUUCGUUACAAUUGCCUGUCAUUCUGGACGGGUCUCGGGGUUACUGUAGUAACUUGA